AUGCCCGUCGGGGAAGAUACUGUUAGCGGCAAUGCUGGGUGUUACGUCGCUGCUUCAUGGGCAUUGAGCACGAUAGCGGGCCUAACCCUUGUCGCCCGAUACAGCAUCAAGUCCUGGAUCCGCUGGGCCAUCCCCAAGCGCUGCAACUCUGCACAUGUCUCUAACGAUCCUAGUUUUGACGCAGGGCUUGGGCGCCCCGCAUCGACCUUGUCUCAGCCCCAAAUCAGUGACACGUUGAAAUAUGCGUAUAUCGGCCAACUCUUUGAGGUCAUUGCUGUGAUGCUCGCCCGCAUUGGAAUAAUGUAUUUCCUCCUGCGGUGCUUCCACGGGGCUGAUAUGCGCCUCCGUGUCGCGAUUAUGAUCUGCAUAGGUGUUCAAAUCAUUGUCAACCUGGCAACGGAUUUGCAGGUUCUUUUGAUGUGCGGUUCCCGCACAUCUCACACGGCCAACCGACUUGCGUAUUUCCACUACAUGUGGGAUCCGCUCCCGACUGAUGGGUCUGUGGCUUGCCAGCAACCUGUUUCGCAAGUGGUCACCGGAUUGAUCCAGGGGGGCAGGUCUCCACCCACCUCUUUCGCAUUGCGUCUGCUAACUCCGCAGCUAGGAUUGAACACCGCGAUCGAUUUCUUCCUGGCCAUUCUCGCCGGAGUGCAGCUCUGGCGCUUCCCACUGGCGCGGAAAGUUCGCAGUCAAUCGUUCAUUUCGCGCUUCAAGAAGCUUCCUCGGGAGGCGCGCAACCGGCGCUUGCGGCAGACAGCGGCAAUCAGCGGUCCGCUGCUACUCUCCGGGAUUGCAUCCCUGGUCAAGACGACAGUCGCGCAUAUGAUAUUCCUCUUGCGUUUGACCACCCCACGGGAGACCUUGCUGACUUUACCCAUCUCUAGAGUCGAGAACGCCUGCCUCUUGGUUGCUCCGUGUGCACCUGUCUUCCGAUUACUGUUUUCGUUGGUAUCAAAGACCGGGGCGCGGAAUCUGGGAUACCCCUGGUAUGGCAAUCAGUCUGGCGCACGCGGCCAAGCGCUGGAGCUGGAGACCGUCCCACAUACUCAAGUGAAGGGAACCGUCGUCAUGUCGACGGUCGACAAAGACACACUACCGGAACAACCCCCAGCGGGUGAAGCAGUAAUUAUCCGAACGGAUAUCAUGGUGGAAUAUGCCUCGGAACGAACCGCUUAGGUUCGGGAUGUUGUUUGGGUAUGGUGUGACGUGAC